AUGUUUACCGGAAUAGUAGAACACAUGGGAAUAGUAAUAGAAAUUCAACAAUUAGACAAUUCUGUUACAGGUGGAGGUGGUUGGUCAAUGAAAGUUGCUGAAGCUGAACCUAUACUCGUUGAUUGUAGACUUGGUGAUAGUAUUAGUGUUAAUGGCACUUGUUUGACUGUAACUGAUUUUGAUAAAACGUGGUUCAAAGUUGGACUCGCUCCCGAAACACUUAGAAGAACCAAUUUAGGUGAUUUAAAAAUUGGCAUGAAAGUAAAUUUGGAAAGAGCUCUUGCAGCUAAUGUUAGAUUUGGUGGACAUUUUGUACAGGGACACAUUGAUACAACAGCAAUAAUCAAAUCAAUGACACCAGAAAAAAAUUCCUUAUGGAUUAAAUUAUCACUUUCAGAUCCAUCAUAUCUUCGUUAUAUUAUUCCUAAAGGUUAUAUCUGUUUGGAUGGAACUUCUUUAACUAUAUGUGAAGUAAAUGAUAAAGAAAAAUGGUUUACUGUGAUGUUAGUGGCUUACACUCAAUCUCAUGUUAUUAUGCCAACUAAAAAAGUUGAUGAUAAAGUUAAUAUUGAAGUUGAUAUGUUGGGUAAAUAUGUUGAAAAAAUUGUUGAACCUAUGAUUUUUGGAAAUAAUUAUUACGGUGAACAAUGUGAUGGACAAGGUGAAGGAUAUAUUGAAAAAUUAAUAAAGAAAUAUUUGGAUGAUAAAGUAAUUAAAAUAUUAGAUGAAAAAUUAAAAUCAGAAUAA